UGCAAUUGAUAUAAAUGGUGGUGCCACUGCGAUAGUUCUAGAACCUGGAGGAGGAGGAGGAGGAGGAGGUGAGGUGGCUAUGAACAGCCUAGAAACGGACUGAAAAUUAGCAAACCAAGAUUCUCCAUUCUCAGUUAGCCUGAGAAGGAAACACCCAGCAGGUGCCACUUGACCAAAGAUGUUAGCGGCCUGGGGUCUCCUCCUGGUCUGCGCGUUGCUGACCCCCUCCCAAAGUCAACUCCUUCCAACCGACGCGGUCAUCCGAGUCAACCAAGGCGUGUUGCAUAAUGCUGUCACCAACUCGAUGGCCCAAAGCAACGCCCUUCAAGGCGCCAUGAGAGAAGUGCCCCUUGGCGAUGGAGGUGGUGGAGACGGUGGUCUGCUAGGAGGCCUCCUGGGGGGCGGUGGGGGUGGAGGCCUUCUGGGAGGCCUCACUGGAGGCUUACUUGGAGGAGGAGGAGGAGGAGGACUUCUCGGAGGUGUGCUUGGUGGUGGAAGAGGAGGAGGAGGUGGAGGACUUCUCGGAGGAAUUCUUGGUGGCGGUGGGGGCCUCCUGGGCAACGGAGGUCUGUUGGGCAAUGGAGGCGGAGUCCUUGGCAUCCUUGGGGAAGGAGGUCUUCUCAGCACGGUGCAAGGCCUGACAGGAUUACGAAUUGUGGAACUGACUCUUCCCAAGAUCAACCUGAGGCUCUUACCUGGCAUUGGGGUCCACCUGGAUUUAUACACCAGAGUGGCACUUAAUGGGAAGAGCCUCCUUGGUUUGCUCGACAUUGCAGUAGAGGUGAACAUCACGGCAAUCGUCCGUCUGACGAUGGACGGCACCGGCUACCCCACGUUGGUGAUUGAUCAUUGUGAUACGCUUCUGGGAGGCAUUAAAAUUAGACUCCUUAGAGGCCUUCUUCCAAUUGUGGACAACUUACUAGCCCGUGUCCUUAACAGGCUCCUUCCUGAUCUGCUUUGUCCUGUCCUUGACGUUGUCCUGGGCCUUGUGAAUGACCAGCUUGGACUUGUGAAUUCUCUGGUUCCUUUGGGAAUACUGGGAAGCGUCCAGUAUACUGUCUCCAGCUUGCCGUUAGUUACAGGACAUUUCCUGGAGAUCGAUUUAAACACGGUGGUUGGGCACGUCGUCGGCCCCCUAAUCGACUACCCCCUGGGCAAGCCGGAAUCCCCCCCUAUGCCACCCAGGGUGCCCAUGCCACCCCUGCCACCCAUGGAAGACACAACUAACUCUCAGCUGGGACUGUCGGUCAACUUCCUCAGCUCCGUGCUGGGCGUCCUGCAGAAGCAAGGGGCCCUGAACCUUGACCUCUCCGAUGGGAUGUAUCCCGAGCUUCCUCCUCUGAUGACCUCAACUCUUGGGGCGCUGAUUCCGGCGAUCUUCCAGAAAUUCCCCGAGCCUCGGCCCCUCCUGCUGAAGAUAUCGGUCCCUGAGGCUCCGACCGUGAAGCUCCAGAAGGACAUGGGCUUGAUUAAAAUUCAAGCCACUUCAGAAAUUUUGGCCGUGGAGCCCGAGGGCACCGAGAAGUCUCUCUGCGUCCUGAGCAUUGAUGCUUCUUUGCUGGCCAAAUUCUCUGUUGAGGACAACAAACUAAAAAUCAGCACUCAGCUGGACAAGUCUCGUGUCAAGCUGGAUUCCUCCAACGUUGGAGACUUUGAUGUGUCCCUGAUGGAGGGGCUGGUCGGCAAGAUCUUUGAAGUAGCCUUCCUUCCUGCCAUGAACGCCAUCUUAGGUGGAGGGGUUCCUCUCCCCAGACUGCUCAACAUCGAUUUCAACAAUGCCUCGGUGGACGUCAUCGAAGAUCUGCUGGUGUUGUCUGCAUAAGAGAAGACCCCCGUGGAGGGCAACGCUGGAAGAGGAGAAGAAGAAGAAGUGAGGUUUUUUGGAACCGGGUCCGUCCUUCACCCUUCCUCAUCACACCGUUUUGAGUUUCUGCUUCUUUCUGGAGCAAGGGAAACCUACCGGAGUCUUAAAUUUGUUUGCAGGGAGAUGGGAGACGGUUUCCCAGAACGGACAACGAUGGCUGCCCUUAGUAGGCUUCAAUACAGCUUUGUCGUUGCCCAGCAGGUGUGAACUAGGCCUUGCCUGUACCAACACACACACACACACACACACACACAGAGCGAACAAAGUUGCAUCUCUCUCACCCGACACAUUUGAAUAAAAACUUUUAAUUUCAUUGCA